CUUGGUUAGGAGCGUCGGAGAGACGCGGCGUCCAGGCGGCUGCGGAAAUGCCAAACGCAAAGGAAAAGAAAAGGGCCAAGAAAAUGAAAAAUCAGCCCACCAGUGUGAUCUUUUCUUCUGAUGGUGGGCCUAGUCCCCAUGCAAUGUGGUCUCAGAAUGGAGGUGAAGAAACUCACCAACGUAAGAGACAAGAAUUGCGUUCUGAAACCUCACGAGGAUACUCUCAUCAAAGCAUUUCCCAUGGAAUGCCGAAAUAUUUAACAGUCUCUCCUUUUGUUCGAGCUCGAGCUGCUGAAAUAAAGGCCAUGCUGAAGGCAGCUACGCAAAAGUCGUCCAACACUUUAGUAUUUCAGUCUCUGCCAAGGCACAUGAGAAGGCGAGCAAUGAGUCACAACGUCAAGCGCCUGCCCAGGCGACUCCGUGAACUUGCCAGAGCAGAGGCGGAGAAACCUGAACAUCAGAAAAAAGAACUCCCAAAGAGCAAGUGUCGUAAAGCCAGGCGACGUCAUAUAAACUUGGUGGCUGAAUUCAAUCGCAGACAGAAGAAGAACAUCUGGUUGGAAACGCACAUUUGGCAUGCAAAACGAUUUCACAUGGUGAAGAAAUGGGGCUACUGCUUAGGAGACAGGCCCACAACAAAAUGCUAUCGGGCUUGCUACCGAGCCAUGGCGAACCACUGCCUGCUUCAGGAUCUGUCAUACUACUGUUGCCUGGAACUGAUUGGAAAGGAGGAAGAACUCCUGACAGCUCUAGCUCGAAUGUGCAAUGUAGACUCAGGGCCAACGUUUGCAGCUGUUCCUUGCCUAGCUGGGAGGCGUCAGGGUGCUCUUACAGUGUACCAAAGAGAUCGAUACCCUGAAGGUGCCCUCGGUCCAGUUACUUUCAUUUGGAAACCCAGAAAUGAAUCUGCAGUUGGUUCUGCCAGCCGCCAACUUUGGAUAUGGACUCACCCAGCCUUUAAGCAGGAUAUACUGGCUGAGUUGAAAGCAGUAUGCCACUGUUCUGAGCCUAUGGAUUCCUGUAUUGCCAAACCAGUGGUGACAUUGCCCCAAGAAGAAAGCAAAACUGACAUCACUGAAAAAGUUGGCCAAAAAAGGAAGCAGAAAGAUGACGGUGAAAUAGAUGUCCCUGUGAAAAAAAUUAUUGGUGAUGGAACCAGAGACCCCCAUCAGUCAUAUAGAUGGAUAUCACAAACUUCAGGAAUUAUGAUCAGUGACUUGACCAUGGAGAUCCUCAGAUACCGACUCAUCGGUCCUCUUUCACACUGUGUCCUUACGGAGGCACUCAAAGCUGCCUCUGUCCAUUCUAACCUGGAGACUACAUAUCCUGAAAUGAACAGUUGGUGGGUAGAAAAUUGCAGAAAUCCUGAGCAGGUGUCUCUUCAUCAUCGUCAAGAAGCCUUCUUUGAACUUUUGCAAGGGUUAAGUUCCUCAAACAUUCCAUCAGGUACUGUAUUGGGUUUGACUGUUGGGGAUCCACGAGUGAAUUUGCCAAAAAAGAGGUCAAAAGCUAUGCCAAAUCCAGAAAAAUAUCAAGAUGGUGAGAAGGUUAGACAGUUGACCUUAGAAGGUGUUUCUGCGGAGUGUGCACAGAGUUUUCUCUGGGACCGGAAUAUCUGUAACAGUGUUACAGAAAAUAAAAUGCCAGAACAGCACCUGAAUAGUCUAAGAAGUAAACUCCUGAUACCUGGAUCAUAUCUUGACUUGGGCCCUCAAGAAUCAAAAAUUCCUAUACUCCUGGUUCAGCAGCCUGGAAAAAUAGCUGGAGAAGAUCGACCAGGUUGGGGAAGUGGCUGGGAUAUUUAUCUGCCCAAAGGUUGGGGCAUGGCAUUUUGGCUUCCUUUUAUCUAUCGAGGUGCCCGAGUGGGGGGCUUGCAGGAGGGCCUGAAACAUUCCCUGUAUAAGAGAACUCCUCAUGUUCCGAGUGAUUACCCAGACUGUCCUGCUGGUAUUCAGUUUGCCAGAGAACUAGAGAGAAAUCUUCUGGAAAAAUUUAAGAGACGUCCUCCAGCAAAAAGAGCAAAUUACAUUAAACACGGGACCCUGAAACCAUUUUUCUGCCCCUGGGAGAAGCUCACACUGGACUGGGAGGCUAGGAAUGAAGCUAGUCAUAAAUAUGUGGACUCCUCAGUCCUAGAGAGUGAAGACUUGGCAGCUGAAGGAGAGGCUUCUUGUGGCCCCAGCCAUGGUAUGUUUGUACCAGAGUCUCCAAGAAGGAAGGAAAUGGAUGCAUCUUCCCAAAACAACGUGCAGAUGGAAGGUGUGACUGAUGUGACAGAACUACACAAGGGCGAUGAAGUUAUUUCAAAUUGUACCUUUUGUGUCCUCAGGCGCAAGAAGUUAUUACGGCAGGUAUCGGCCUGGUGUCAGCCUGCAUAUGUCAAAACUCGGAAGAUCCGGCACCAUGCUUCCGCAUUGGAUCAGCAGGAACCAACUGCAGAUACCCUCUUGCCUGUUGUUCAGCGCUACCCUAGGGCUCUAGUCUGGGUCUGCUUGACCCUUCUUAAAAGAGGUAGCCCUGAAUUGCAUGCCAUGAUUUGCAUCCCAUCAAAAGAUGAUUUGUUUCAACUAAGCAAAGACAAACACUUCUUUGGUCCUCAGGAACCUAAACACAGUGAUGUCUUCAAGAACAAGGUUUUAAAACAAAAGGCAAUGAAAAAGAGGCAGAGUAUUGGGAAGGGGAAGCAAAAUAGUGCAUCUGGUACCAUGAAUGUAAUCCCAACCAAGCAAGAUGAUCUAGUUCUGGGUUUAUGGCCUGACCCGCUGCCAGAUGUAACGUCUCACUGUUCCAGAGUUCUCCUGGGGUUUGUCACUCAAGGGGACUUCUCGUUGGCCUUUGGCUGUGGUGAAGCUGUGGGAUUUGUUAGUCUGACAGGACUGCUGCACAUGCUGAUGGACCAGCCAAAAGAACAGAAAGGGCUUGUUCUGUUAAGAAAUCCAGCAUCACUUCAGUAUAGGUUUGCUAGGCUUACUGUUGAAGUUUAACUUGGGUUGGAGCUCACUGCUGCCAAAGAAGCCUUUUUGUGAAAGUUUGUGGCUUCUUCACCUAGAUGCUAUGCUCUCACUCUCCCCCAAAAGUGUACCUCACCUUCUUCAAUAAGCAACGUGAAACAGACUUGAUGAUAAACUGAAAAUUCUUCUAUACAAUUUGACAUCAAAGUUUAGCUGCUAAGAAUUUUUCUGUAUAUGCAUAUAAUUUUUUCUAUAAAAACAAGCAGCAGAUUUCUUUUGUUGCAUGUUUUCACUUCCGUUUAUGAUAUAAAUGUUUUGCUUCGAUGAAGGGGCUGCUUUCCUGUUUUGUGCAGCUGAAAUCACCAUCUUACAUAAAAAUUAGCUCUUUUCCUCUCUCCCACAUACUGAUGAGAAGGAGCUAUGUACAAAAUAGCACACAUAUAUACUUUCCCCUUUAGUAAAAGUGCAUUUUGUGUGAGCUUGCUUUAAUAAUAGAAAUAGAAUACACUGUUAAAGCUGUGAAAUGCUGAAAUGUUGCAAUGGUCAGCCUUCACUCUUCUGAAUGUAACUUGCGUCAUGUUCUGCUUGGGAGAAGAGUCUUCGUCCUUGUUAGUAAAACUUGGUUGCCUUGCCCUUUUAACCCAUGCCAUGUUUUAUGAUGGGAAUGUGAUAUUAUGACUCUUAAAUGGGGGUAACACUGCUCCAAUCAAUAAUAAGUACCAAUACAUAGUUACAGAAUGAAA